GGUGACUCCUAAUUAUAAGUAGGACCUAUUAGAGUGUCUGUUACUAAAAAAAACUAUGAACUAAUCAUAAAAUUAAACAAUAAGCAACAUUAAUAUCAACUUAUAAUAUGUAGAGCUAUGUAAUAGUUAAAUAUUCUAUAUUUUUCCUGAAAUUUGAUUCUUUAUUAUUUAAUUCUUAGUUUUAAUUCUUAUAGAAAUUAAUUCUUAGUUUUAAAAUGGAUGCAGGAGUAAAAAGAUUCUAUGGUUGCAUAAAUAUUUCAAACUACAACGUUGCUCCACCUAGCGUGGGUUGGUAGUACUCGAGUUUUAUCCUGGAAACGGUUAUCCUGUCUCACAAAAAGCUCACGAAAAGCUCUAGCUUAAGCUUAUCACAGUUUUGAAGUCAUCAGCAGGUCGAAAAAGUUUGGAAGUCCUAGAUCCUGUUUAUACAGCAACGGUUGCAAUAACAAAACUUCUCAGGGACGGCUCUAAGGUGUUAGCAGUUUCUUUAAAGAUGAAAAAUAAUUAAAAAUAACUAUAAUUAUUUAAAAUUAAUAUAUUAAGAUAUUAGGAGUUUGGGAAUAUUUUUUACAGGCCUUGUCUUUAUGAGUACCUUUUAGUCCCUAAUCCUAAAUAGUUAGAAGAGAACCAUAGACCAUACAUCCGUAGGUUGAAUAUGGAAACUGAUCUAAUAGACUCCAAGUCCAAGCCCAAGGUCAUGACCCACAUCGAGGCCAACACGCUUGGCGUUCGGCCAAAGCACCUGACACCUGAUAGCUGAUACCUGGCUCCUGGCACCUCGCACAUGGUUGUUUGUAUCGAUUUCUAAGCCAUUUCAGUCCGCCAGUUUCCUGGCAACAGAAAGGAUUGCACAAAUCAAUAGGUUUCAGCUCCGGUCAGUUGGCUUUCCAUACCGAGGAUGUCGAACGUUCUAAACACGAUCCUUGCCGUGGACAAGGAGCAGGAGCUGCUGCAGAGCUUUAUCCGCACCGGGGCUGCGGCGGAGGAGGAGUCGCUCGAAGAGGGCAAUCGCCGGUCCAAGGGUCGUUCCCACAAGACGCCCAUCUGGGAGCGGCGGGACUCCACGGAGCGUGGUGGGCGCGGCAAGGACGGCAAGAGUGGGGGCGGGGCGGAUGACGGAGCCGGAGGAGGAGCCGGCGGCGACGGUGGAGGCGGCAAGCGGGGCAACCGCAUAGAGGCCGAGCUGCGGGCCGCCCGGAAACGGAUAGAGGAGCAGAUAGCCAAGAAGAAGAAGCCCAAGGAGAACUUUGUGGACUUCUACACCGACAAGGAUCGGGCGGCGGCCGUCAGUGCCGGAGCCUUCGACAUCAAGCAGAGUCUGCAGAUCAAGCAGAAGCAGGAUCGGAACGAGGCACUGCUCAUUCCGGACGAGGCUGACAUCAGUUCGGUGAUCGCUCUGGGUCUGAAGGAGAUCAAGAACGCCAAUCCGGAGAACGCGAUUCAUUUUUUCUGCAAGGCCUUGGAACUGAAUGCCACGGACAUCAAUGCCUUGAUCUCACGGAGCAAGUGCUACCUGUUGUUGGGAGAAGCCUCCAAGGCUCUCCAGGAUGCGGAGACCGCACUGGGCGAGGAGAAGAACAACAUCCGAGCCAUCUACCAAAAGGCCGAGUCCCUCUACUAUCUCGGGCAGUUCGAGCAGAGCCUCAUGUUCUUCCACCGGGGACUCCGUGCCCGUCCGGAGCUGGCCUCCUUCCGUCUGGGCGUCCAAAAGACCCAGGAGGCCAUUGAGAAUACCAUUGGGACGAAGCCUGCCCCGGUGGCGGGGGCAGCCUCUGCCUCUGGACAGAAGAGCGGCAAGACACGGCGACCUGAGGAGGACACACCGAAAUCCCAGGCUGUUCCGGUCGCCGGCAGCAGUGCCAGGACUCGCCAAAAGCCCAGUCGAGCGGACCUGGAGCGCCGCAACGCACGGAAGCUGCUGGGAGAGCUCUGCGUGGACAAGGAGUACCUGGAGAAGCUGCUGCUCCACCCGGAUCUGGUGCGGGCCGACACCCACACCGAGAGCAUAUCCACCUACGCCCGCGAGGCCGUCGAGUUCCUCAACAAGAGGCAGGAGUUCUGGCGCCAGCAGAGGCCCUGCACGGCGUUGCCCAACCACAAGAAUCUGCCCCAGGAUGCUCUGCCCAAGUGGUUCUAAAGCGGCAGGAUAGCCCUAGAGCCCCAGGGGCCCUCUUCCAUGCACACCUGUUGAUGUUUUCCUGAAAAGCUAAUAAACUGUUGCCCCCAAAAUCAUAUCCUUCCGCUGCAGUUGCUAGCGCUCGGAAUGGUUUUUAUUUGAGUUGUA